AAACAAGACGCGUGUUUUCAUUUGUAUUUGGAAGUCCUGAUUCUACAAUUUGGCGACGAGAGAAAUUGAUUGUUGGCUGCCGGUUAUUAAUUCUCAAGUAUUAGGUCAAGUAAGUGGUGAAGAAAAACCCGUAAUAAGUGGAGAAUGGAUUCUAUGCGUCGUAUUCGGCCGUUUGAAAUGUCGACUGACUGAUCUCGGCUACCGUCAGAAUGGUUGAAGUGGAAAAGAGAACUGGAGCGAUAUUUUGAUGCAGGUGGAGUGAGUUCGCAAUGGAAGAAACGGUCACAGAUGUUACAUUUGGCAGGGGCAGAAAUCCAGGAAAUAUUCGAUCAUCUCCCUGGUGUUGAUGAAAUUCCGCAAGUGGUAGUAGAACCCCCUUAUUACGACGUGGCUAUUCACAAACUUGACGAGCAUUUCGAGCCUAUGAGGAGACGUAACUACGAACGCCAUUUGUUUCGACAGAUAAUUCAGAAGCAAGAUGAGAGAUUUGCGGAUUAUAUAUUGAGACUACGUAUCCAAGCUAAACGAUGUGAAUUCGACCGUUACGACCCGAGAGAAGUCGAAGACCGGAUUAUAUAGCAAAUAGUUGAAACAUGCAAAUCAAAUGACCUUCGACGUCAAAUACUGGGUAAAGAUUUGGCUCUAGAGGAGAUUCUUACGUUAGGAACAACGUUGGCUGAUGUUCAGCAGCAGAUGAAAGAGUUAGAUCGCACGGGUAAUGAAAACAAACCAGUUGACACAGUCAACAAAAUUGCGACGGAACCAUUUCGUGGUAGACCAAAACCAUACCCGAUGCCAACAAAAACUUUCAGUAGAGCUUGUUUCGCGUGUGGCCGAAAAGGGCAUUUGAAAGGUGAUUACAUUUGUCGAGCACGUAAUGCGAAGUGUCUCAAAUGCGGGGAAAUAGGUCAUUUCAUUAACCGUUGCCUCAAGCGUAGAUUCGAACCUGAGGCUAGUAGAUCAAAGCAAAUCAGGCAGGUUGCAGAAACGUUCAAAGGACACGGUGAGCAGAGAUCCGACGAUACGAUUUUCUACGCGAUGGGCAAGAAUAUUUUCGAUUUCGUUGUGGGUGCAAUAAAGAUACCAAUGGUUAUCGAUUCAGGAGCAGAUGCAAAUAUGAUCAUGGAAGCUACCUUCAAUUGGGCGUAUGAAGGUGGUAUGAAAAUUACGGAGUUGUCAAAAGAAGCUGAUCGCAAACUGUUUGGUUACGCCUCGGAGCAUCCUAUGAAGAUCAAGUUCGUGUUUUCUACUAAGGUGGAGGUAGGAUCUCGUUCGGUUCUGGCAAAGUUUUAUGUUGUCGAAGGAGGUCAACAGAAUUAACUUGGUGAUUUCACAGCUAAAGCGCUAAAAGUACUUAAGGUGGGAUUCGAUGUAGGUAUCGUAGAUGUUUCGGAUCGCAAGGUUUUCCCUAAGAUCAAAGGUAUGGUCUUGGAAAUUCCUAUUGACAGGUCUGUACAACCAAUUCAGCAGGUAUACAGAAGAGCUCCGAUUGCCCUUGAAGAGCGCAUUCAUGAGAAGUUGAAAUACUUACUCGAGAUGGACGUAAUUGAAAAAGUGAAGGGCCCAUCUCCAUGGGUUUCUCCGUUGGUCCCUGUUCUGAAGCAGUCUGGGGACAUCAGACUAUGUGUCGAUAUGCGCCGUGCAAACCAAGCUGUGUUACGUGAAACACACCCGUUACCAGUGAUUGAAGAGCUAUUGGUGGAUAUGGCAGGAGCAAUAAAGUUUUCUAAGCUGGAUGUAAAGGAUGCGUAUCACCAGCUGGAACUUUCAGAAAAGUCAAGAGUACUAACUACUUUCAUUACAAAAUAUGGACUUUUCAGGUACAAAAGACUGAUGUUCAGAAUCAGUUGUGCGCCAGAACUUUUCCAAAAAGUGAUGGACACUAUCGUAGCUGGGUUAGAAGGUGUUACAGUCUACUUGGACGAUGUUGUUGUUUCUGGGCGCACUCAGGAAGAACAUGAUUCUCGGCUCAGCAAACUUCUGAAACGGUUCGAAGAAUAUGGUAUAGUUUUAAACAGUAAUAAGUGCCAAUUCAAUGUGGAACAGCUAGAAUUUCUCGGACACGAAUUGUCCUCGAAAGGAAUCAGACCAACGGCCAAUCGCGUUCAAGCUGUAAAACAGUUCAGAAGACCAAAUAACACAGCGGAGCUCAGGAGCUUCCUUGGUCUAGUGACCUAUGUGGGAAGAUUCAUUCCACAUCUGGCUAGAACAACAAAUUUGGCGGAUGUAUUGUCGAGGCUUUCAGUAUCGAGUUCGGAACCGUUUGACCCGGACAACGAGUGCUACGUUCAGAUGUUGGCUACCAUGUCUGCACCCGUGGCGAUAACCGUGCAAGAACUCCAGAAAAGAGUUGGAAAAGACAUAGAAAUUCAGGAAGUUGUCUCAGCACUGGAAGGUGAAACAUGGCCAGAAAGAGCUAAACCGUACAAAGCGUAUGCAGCGGAGCUCUGUGCUGCAUCGGACUUGCUCCUGCGCGGAGAGAGGAUCGUGAUACCAAAAACUCUGCGUAAUAGAAUUUUGGAGCUAGCGCACGAAGGGCAUCCGGGGGUUGUUGUGAUGAAACGACGUCUGCGGCAGAAGGUAUGGUGGCCGGGAAUGGACACAGAAACUGAGCGAUUUGUCAAGAGCUGUAAGGACUGCACUUUGGUGUCGUCUUUGAUGGCUCCAGAGCCGUUAAUUAGCACGAAGAUGCCAGAUAAGCCAUGGGUUCACAUUGAGGUAGAUUUCAUGGGUCCAUUGCCAACAGGUCAUAACCUUUUGGUUUUGGUUGACUACUUCAGUAGAUUCAUUGAGGUUAUUAUAAUGAAAGAAAUUUCGGCAAAGAAUACGAUUUUGGCUUUUCAUGAAACCUUCUGCAGAUAUGGCAUACCGGAAUCUACCAAGUCGGACAAUGGUCCGCAAUUCAUAAGUGAGUCGCUGCAAAGCUUUUGUACCGAGUUUGGAAUUGAGCUGCGGAAAACCACACCAUACUGGCCUCAGGCCAAUGGUGAAGUUGAGCGCGCUAACAGAUCCCUAAAAAAACGACUUCAGAUCAGCCAGGAAUCUUGUAAAGUGGAUUGGAAGUGGGAUUUACGAAUGUAUCUCCUGAUGUAUAAUUCGACACCUCAUUCUACUACGGGAGUGGCACCUUCUGCAUUAAUGUUCGGUAGAGUGCUGCGAGAUAAACUUCCAGCUUUUCCAACAGGUUUGAAAAAGUCUAUCGAAGAAAUACAAGAUGAAGAUCGACAGAAAAAGUUGAAAAGUGCAGAAUACGCGGACAGAAGAAGGAAAGCCUGUCCAAAUGCACUGAAGGAAGGAGAUGUGGUGGUCGCAAAAAGAAUGACAAAAGAUAACAAGCUCUCUUCUAAUUUCAGUCCCGAAGAAAUGGUAGUUAUGAAACGAAACGGUGCAGAUGUAAAAAUCCAAUCCAAAGAAACCGGAAAAAUCUAUCGUCGUAAUGUAUCUCACCUGAAGCCACUUACCUCGAGAAUAGAAAUGGACACGGAGCAAAACCACGAGAAUCCGGUCAUCCCGAACAACAGCGGAGAGCUCCAGGAACUGACGAACAAGGACACAUCAAACUGGACUCUGGAUUUUCAACAUGCAGAUCGACCAAUCCCCGAGGCGAAGAAACCCAGGUACCUUGAUGACUACCAAGUGGGUAUAGUUCAGGACCAGCGAGAAAGUGGGGAAGUGUAG